AGAUGGCAAACGUUUUCUUUUAAAGAGAAAGAAAAAGAAUGUAUGUCGUUACAGAAAACUGGGACAAGGUACAAAAGGAGCGAGGGGGAAAAAAAUCACCCGUGGAUCUCAGCACUUCACACAACCACUGUUAUCAUUCUGUAUUUUUUCCUUUCUUAACAGUUUCCCCCCGUGAGUGAAUAGAUUAUUACUAUGAAUGUUGUUAUUACUAUUAUGAAAUAGAAUAGUGAUCAUACUAGAUAUUUAAUUUUGUAUCCUGUUUUUCACUUAAUGUAAGCAUUUUUACAUGUUAUAAUGCACCCUUCCUAAAUACUUCUGAUGGUUGCAAAAUCUCCUAUCAAGUGGCUGUAUUAACCUAACUAGUCACCAACAGUGGGACUGUUAGAUGGUCUUCCAGCACAUUUUAAAAACUUCCAGGAAGUACUUGGAAUCUUGUUUUGCCCUGGGUUGGGUAGACCCCUGUGAUCACCCCCAUUCAUCAACACCCACCCCAAGUGGGAUCUUGUAAUUUAUACCAAAUGUGUCAGCCUCAACUGCUGCUCUGUUACUUUAUUCUGUUACAGAUCUUCAAAGAUCCCUCAGUGCCUGAAAGAGAAAAGAUCCUCUUUAUUGUGCCAUCUAGAGCUGGUCACAAUGGGGACCCACUGUUUGUGGAUGGAUCCUUUUCCAGUCCUCCCCAGUCAAGCAAGUCCACUACACUCAAACCCGCUACAACCUUAUCUCCCCAUCUUCCUGCUUUAACUCCCACACAGAGCAUCUCCAUCAGUGCUGCUCCUAAUUUGUGGUUUCUUGUGUUCCAGGAUGUUAUCAUCAUGGCGGCCCUUGGCUUGGGCUUCCUCACCUCGUCUUUGCGGAGACACUGCUGGAGCAGCGUGGCCUUCAACCUCUUCAUGCUGGCCUUCGGGGUGCAGUGGGCGGUCCUGCUGAAUGGCUUCCUAGAGCAGCCCUCCUCUGGGGGGAUAGUCAUCAAUCUGUACAGUAUUCAGCUGGCCACCAUGAGUGCCAUGUCUGUGCUGAUCUCAGCAGGCAGCAUCCUGGGGCGGGUCAACCUGGUGCAGCUGGUGGUGAUGGCACUGAUGGAGGUGACAGCCUUUGUCAUCUUGAGGACAUUCGGCAAGAAGCUCUUGUAUAUGGACGACCACAUAAGCCUGAUGUACAUCCAUGUGUUUGCAGCCUAUUUUGGGCAGAUGGUGGACUGGUGCCUCUCAAAGCCUCUGCCGGAGGAAGUGAAGGAGAAAGUUCAGAUGGCAACAGGCCCCGGUUUGUUUGCCAUGCUCGGCACCCUCUGCUUGUGGAUCUUCUGGCCGAGUUUCAACUCUGCUCUGCUAGAUGUGACAGACGAAAGGAAGAACGCCUUGUUCAACACCCACUAUGCUCUUGCGGUCAGUGCGGUGACAGCCAUCUCGGUGUCGGCCUUGUCUAACCCCGGAGGGAAGAUCAACCUGAUUCAUAUCCACAAUGCAGUGCUGGCAGGAGGUGUGGCUGUGGGUCCCUCGUGUCACCUGAUCCCUUCUCCUUGGCUUGCCAUGGUGCUGGGCCUUAUAGCUGGACUGAUCUCCAUUGGGGGAGCCAAAUGCCCGCAGGUGUGUUUACACCACCAGCUGGGGAUCCACGACAGCUGCGGCGUGCAGUAUACCUUCGGCUGGCCCGGUCUGCUCGGAGGCGUCGCCUACAUCGUGCAGAUGGUGCUUCGGGUCGACUGGACCAGGAAUCCCAUGUGGGUCACUUGGUUAACCCCCUUAACACCCCCAUCCAAUUCAGGAAGAAAUGUGCCCAGAGCCCUUAGCUGGAGCGUCAGGACCGACCAGCAGGUGCUCAUUUACGUGGGGAUGCUGGCCUGGGUCGUGGCUAUCGGCAUGCUGUCUGGUCUCCUGACAGGUUUAAUCUUAAAACUCGAAAUAUGGAAAGCACCUCAUGAAGCUAAAUAUUUUGAUGACCAGGCUUUCUGGAAGUUUCAUCAUCUGGCUACUGGAUUUUAAGCAGAAGUAUCCAAGAAAAACAAGGCCUGUUUGAAAACAAGACAACUUCCUUUCAUCAUGACCCACCUUCUUUUUGUGUGCAACAAACACGUGUUACAGCAGACUCUUAUGUACAAUGAGAGGUCAGAGGUAGAUUUGAUAUUAAAAAUAAAAG